CCGGCCAACGCAGGAACUCUUUGUCGGUCGUUGCCGGGAACAUGGCUCCCACCGUGGAGUCGGCGGUGGGUCCUGGGUCAGCGGCCGAGCUCCUGCUGCAGAGACUAGAGCUAGUAGGAGCCCAAGGCGAAGCGAGGCUCUGCAGCUUGGAGGCGGCUGCGGCGCUGGGCUUGGACCACCAGGUGCUGGUCGGGGCCGUGAAGAGCCUGCAGUCGUUGGGGGAGGUGAUUGAGGCUGAGCAAUGCACAUCCAAGAAGUGGGAGCUGACACCUGAGGGCAAAGAAAUUGUCCAGGAAGGGAGCCAUGAAGUUCGAGUGUUUAACAGCAUCCCCUCUGAAGGCUUGGUGCAGAGUGAGCUGAUGAAGCUGCCAAGUGGAAAGGUGGGAUUCAGCAAAGCAAUGUCCAAUAAGUGGAUCCAGCUAGACAAGACCGCAGAAGGUGGACCCCGAGUCUUCCGGGCGGUGGAGACUGUGCAGGACUCUGUCAGAGAGAAGCUGCUGCAGGUGGAGCAGGGUGGGGGUGACAAACUAGAAGAGAAGGACAAGAAUGAACUGAAGAAGCGGAAACUCCUGGCAGAAGUGACCAUUAAGACAUACUGGAUCAGUAAAGGAAAUGCUUUCAGUACCACAGUUACCAAGCAGGAAACGGACCUCACUCCAGAGAUGAUUGCCAGUGGCUCCUGGAAAGAUUUGAAGUUCAAGGCGUAUAACUUUGAGGCACUGGGCAUUAUGCCUGAAAGUGGACAUCUCCACCCACUCCUCAAGGUCCGCAGCCAGUUCCGGCAGAUCUUCCUUGAAAUGGGUUUUACGGAAAUGCCCACCAAUAACUUCAUUGAGAGCUCCUUCUGGAACUUUGACGCCCUCUUCCAGCCACAGCAGCAUCCAGCUCGGGACCAGCAUGACACCUUCUUCCUAAAGGAUCCUGCUGAAGCCAUCGACUUCCCCAUGGAUUACCUGAAGAGGGUAAAGAGGGUUCAUUCACAAGGAGGUUACGGCUCUCAGGGGUACAGAUAUGAGUGGAAGCUGGAGGAGGCUCGGAAGAACCUCCUUCGGACGCACACCACAUCCGCCAGUGCUCGCAUGCUCUAUCAGCUGGCGCAGCAGGAGAAAUUCACCCCUGCCAAAUACUUUUCCAUCGACCGUGUCUUCAGGAACGAGACACUCGACGCCACCCACCUGGCUGAGUUUCACCAGAUUGAAGGGGUGGUAGCCGAUUAUGGCUUGACACUGGGCGACCUGAUGGGUGUCUUGAAAGAGUUUUUCACCAAAAUGGGAAUCACCCAGCUGCGCUUCAAACCUGCUUACAAUCCUUACACGGAGCCCAGCAUGGAGGUGUUCAGCUACCACCAGGGAUUAAAGAAGUGGGUGGAGGUGGGCAAUUCAGGAGUCUUCCGCCCAGAGAUGCUGCUGCCCAUGGGUCUGCCUGAUGGGGUGACCGUCAUCGCCUGGGGCCUUUCUUUGGAACGGCCCACCAUGAUCAGGUAUGGCAUCAAUAAUAUCCGGGAACUGGUUGGUCACAAAGUCAAUCUGCAGAUGGUAUAUGACAGCCCACUCUGCCGCUUGGAUGCUUAGUCCACAGAAACUUUCCUCUCUUCAGAGACAUCCCUAUUUAUUAGCACUGCUGCUUGUUGGAAAACUGGGCCUUUCAGGCUUCUAUUCUCCACGCUUUUGGUUCCUUUGGGGGAAAGUGCGUGACAAGCCAUUCCGCUGUUUUGUAUGGACGCUUUAGCCCCUACACCUUUUGGAGAGAUCAUGGGUGAAUGGGUUCUCCCAAUUUGUGUGGGGAAUAAACUUGUAGCCCAUGUUACAUUCAGUAAAAGUGUCUCGACCACAA